GAUCUGCAGUAAUCAUUGCCUCUCCAGUGGCCAAGCUCAAGUUGUGCUCAGGAACGUUGCUCAUCCUCUCAAUUAAAAUUAGCACAUUUACCACCAGGAAAAUUACUUUCGAUAAAUUGUUUCAGCGCCAUUGUAUUGGCUUGCGGCACAGGUCGGCACAUGUUGCAGAAGUUACUAUUUUUGGUGCUGACAGGUUGUUGGAACAAUGUUGUUUUAAUUGUAAUUACUGUUGGGAAAUGAAUGUUUAAAGAUGACUGAUCAUAAAUGUUUUUUGUUAACAAAUGGCGACAUUUGAAAUUUAGACGCUACACACUUAUUAGUACUUCUAAUACCGUUAGCUCCCGUAGCAGGUAAAUUUGAUUUAAACGAGUUUAUUUCGUUAUUGCCAUUGUCUUUGGCAUCAUUCCAACUAACAACGAAUACCCGCAGUUACCGUAUGCGGCGUAGAACUUUCCUCUCAAUACAGUCAAGAUUGUAACAACUAACACUACCAGAAGCUAAAACUGUUCAUUCGCAACUCAAAUUUCCCAUGUCUCUCACCCUGUCCCUGAAGCAUUUAGUUUUGCUUUGCAACUACCGAACUUGCGAGUCUUCUUUGGUAAAUCCUCCCCGAAAUGUAGCAUCAAUCGCAAAGCACUAACUUUUUACUCCUGUAAGAACAUUUGAGACGUAAGCAGAGACUGCUACUCUUGCUGCAAAAAACUUGUUCAUUAAGUGAUUUCUCUUCCAAAUCCAAAACAAACUGAAAAGAAAACUUCCAUCAACUUCCAUUAACACUAAAAAGUGUACUGCAGUGUAAAGACAACAUACAGUUGGUGUUUAUAUCAUCAGGGUCGAGAUUUAAUUGUGCUGCUCGUUUGUUAAACAAACAGCCUGUUCUACUUCCACCGUUAGGGUGAUAUUUUAAACUCCCUUGUUUUACCUGUAAGCCUCCCGGACGGGAUUCAAUUAAUAGGAAUGACCAAAUGACCAGCAAACCGCAUUAUCAGCAAACACAAUCAGUUGUUAUUAUUCGAUUACCGUGCGACCAGCGUUCCAUUAGCGUUCCAAUCGGAGCACAUGCCAGCGGAAAGUGCACUUUUCACGUGCAAACCAAUGCACGAACCAUAAAUGGUCGGCAAAGAAGUGCAGUGUAAGCAGUAGUAAAUCCAAUGCUUUUUUUGCUGUCCUUUUCAACUCCAUUUAGUUAAGCCUGGCGUACAGUACAACGGGUGAAUUUAAGCUCCAUAUUAACCUUUUGAAAAGUACUCGCGUCCGCGAGGAUUACGGUUUCGAUAAGCCGGAGUGGAGCAGAAUUUCUCGGUAGAACACUAUCGGAAGUAAAUCUGGCAGAGCGUCUCUCCAUGCGGUCCUAGUAGCCAUCACCGCCGUAUCCUAGCGACAUCCUGGAGUGAGACAACAAGCACAGUUCAAACACAUAUUCAAGCCCCCCGCCCGUAAACCGGUAAACGCUUUCUCUGUGUGCGUGAGUGUCUGUUUGAAGGGUUUACUAAGCAGCUGCGGAAAGUUCCCAUCCGUCAUUAUCAAUAUUGCAUGGGCCCGUGCUUUGCAUGUAAACUUCCUGCCACGGGGUAGGCCUGUCCUACACGCAUACACACAACUACGUGCACACAUACGUCCCAAAUCCACACAAAGGACCACAGCAUAAUCAGGGGGCAAUUCAUUACGAGCCUCGCCAGCCGCAUCAGUCGCCGCCCAGUGCUGGUCGUUGUAAGAUGGCCGCAAAAGGAAAUUCCGCCGUCCGGAACGCCCCCGAGCUGAACCGUGUGUUGAGUUUUUAUCGCAAUUCCACUAUCCUGCUGACGGGCGGGACAGGGUUUCUCGGCAAGGUGCUGCUCGAGAAGAUACUGCGCUGCCUCGGUGUGCGGAAAGUGUUUCUAGCGGUGCGGAUUAAGGAUGGUCGCAAGCCGGCCGAACGAUUGCAGGAACUGCUCAAGGAUGCGCUGUUCGAUAGGCUGCGGCAGGACGCCACCGUCGAGCAGCUGCUCGAACGUGUCGAACCGGUCGAAAUUUCGCUCGAAGCGGGCGAUGGGCUCGGGCUAGGAAUGGAUGAAACGACCGAAACCCGCCUACUCCAACAGACGGACAUCAUCUUCAAUGUGCUAGCGUCGGUGAAGUUUAACGAAAGCAUUAAGAAUGCCGUCGACACGAAUGUCGGCGGUACGCGUCGAGUGUUGCAGCUGGCGCGCCGCAUGCAACGGCUAAAAGCGGUCGUGCACGUGUCCACCCUGUACUCGAACUGCGACCGGACACAUAUCCGCGAGCGUGUGUACGAUGAUACGCUGCUACGACCGGAAGCUGUACUAAAUCUGUCGAAGCUGCUGUCAGCCGACGAGAUGGACGGGCUGCAACACUGUCUGCUCGGCUCGCUGCCCAACACGUACACGUACAGCAAAAAGUGUGCCGAGUCGCUAAUUCAGCAGCACUUUUCGGACUUGCCAGUUGGCAUUUUUCGACCUCCAAUAGUCCUCUCAACGUACCGCGAACCGAUCGCGGGCUGGACGGACAAUCUGAACGGCCCGGCCGGACUGUGCCUGUGGACGGUGAAGGGUUACGUGCGCGUCAUCCACGGCAAUGGGCGCAAAAAGGCAAAUCUCGUCCCGGUGGACUACUGCGUGAAUGCGCUGCUGGUGGCGGGCUUUGAUGUGGCCGACCGAUCGAUGGCGCGGGACCCAGCGCAGGAUAGUCGAUCGGGCUGGGAAACGGUGCAACCGGUGCCGGUGUACAACUAUCUGUACGACCGGCCCAACCUUACGUGGGGCCGGUACAUGGGCACGGUGUCGAUGGGAUUUAACGGCUGGAUCAAGCGACUCUGCUGGCCUCAUUCGUACACAAUCGUCCCGAACAGGGCCCUGUUCCGGGUGCUUUCCCUCUGCUGCCAUACCGUACCGGCCUGGCUGCUGGAUUUUGUCCGUCAGCUGCGCGGUAAACGGCCCCUCUACCGGCGAAUGGCAGCCAAGACGAACCGAUUCCUCGAAACGAUGGCCUACUUCGGGCUGCGGGAGUGGCAAAUAGCAAACGAAAACGUGGUCCGCUUGCGGACGCUGCUGACGCCCACCGAAGCGUCCCUGUUCGAGUUCGAUCUGUCCACCGUCGACUGGGACGAGUACUUCCAGGCCUACAUACCCGGCAUACGGCGCUACUACUUGGGCGAGCUGCCGGCUGCCCGGGACCGCACCAACCCUGCCCAACCGCUGGCCUGGAAUCGGAGUGGUUCACACACUACAAGGAUACAGUUUCUGUGCCGACUGUUGCACCGGCUGAUGUGGGUUUUGAUCUGCUUAAAGUUGGGCCACCGGCUGUACGUGCGGCGCAAUUUAUUUUCGAUUUUGAUCGCAUAACGACGCAACCAGUCGGGCAACCAGUCGGGCAGGCAGGCUGGCAGGACACACGUGACCUCGGGACGUCGUGUGGACGAAGAUGAUGCUGUACGGUGUCGAGGGAGUACAUACAUGUACAAGCUGUGGACAGAAAUUGUUCAUCGAGUGAAUAGAUAUGGACGGUUGCUAGAAAUAAAAAAGGAAU